GCCUUUUCUCGCCUCCAGGCGGGACCGAACGCCUGCGACCAGCUUAGCCACGCCUCUGCGGCAGGGGCCGUCGCGGUGCAUUGUGGACGCCGUAGUUUCGCCGCUAAUGGUUGCACACAGCGUGAGUGAUGAGGUUCGCUGACUGGAAUAUAAGAGGCAGCAGAGGAUUCCUGCUCUGUCUCCUAGUCCUGGAACUUGCGAGAGAGGUUGGAUAUCCCCAUACCUUUGUUUAAUGGAGAGAACUCAACCAAGCUUCGUUGCUGCUAGCUCCCAAAGCAUUCGAUUUGUGAGAAGCUGAAAAUCGCCUUGUAGAAAGUUGCCCUUCGAUUCUCCGCCCCCAGCCACAAGCCUGCAGAAGUUGGGGCUUUUUGAACAUCUUUCUCACAAGCCUGCAGAAGUUGGGGCUUUUUGAACAUCUUUCUCACAAUCUAGUGCUGAUUUAACUGCAUAAUGACUUUCUAUUUCGCUGGUAUUCGAAGCUUUCCUAAGCUUUGGAAGAGCAACUCAUACCUUGGGCUAAGUUCAAGUCAUUCUUACCUCUCUCUCUUUCUCAAAGACUGUUAUGGCAUCAGGAAUCAAGAGAAGUGGUUUUCUGUUAAAACGAUGUCUGCACAAAAUACCAAAGCAAUGAACCUGCUGAUUGCCAAGGCCAGAUGUGUCAGGAAACUAGAUGAGGGUAGUAAUAAGCAAGUUUCUGCUGAUUCUUCUCACAUGUUUGCAGCUGGAGCAGCUAAGAAGAGAUCACAGAUGAAUCCUUCUAGUAAAACUCCUGUCUUGCCACCUGUGAAGAACAUUAUCCAGCUCCCAACAAAACCUUUGAACUCAGAUGAGUGGGAUAAACUUAAGGAAGAGUUCAAAGAAAAGGCUAACUUUGAAAAUUGGAUUAUUUUGCAGAUGGUUAAAUGCCAUAGCUCUCUAGAUGUGGCCAAAUCUGUGCUGGCCUGGGUAGCUGCAAAAAACAAUGGUAUUGUAGGUUAUGAUUUACUGGUCAAGUAUUUGUAUCUCUGUGUUUUUCAUAAGCAGACAUCAGAAAUUAUUGAUGUCUAUGAAAUCAUGAAAGCCAGAUACAAGCGUUUAGAAUCUGGAGCCUACACUCUUCUCAUGCGGGGAUUAAUCUAUACAGACAGAUGGAGAGAGGCCUUGCUCCUGUUAGAAGACCUCAAAAAAGUCAUGAUUCCUUCAAAAAAGAACUAUGAUGACUGUAUCCAGGGAGCCCUGUUUCAUCAAGAUGUAAAUGUAGCUUGGAAUUUGUAUCAGGAGUUGUUAAAUCAUGAUAUUGUUCCUAUGUUGGAAACUUUAAAAGCCUUCUUUGAUUUUGGAAAAGACAUGAAAGAUGAUCAGUAUUCAAACAAACUGCACAACAUUCUUUUGUAUUUAAGAAAUAAUCAACUUUAUCCUGGGGAGUCUUUUGCACACAGUAUAAAAACAUGGUUUGAGAGUAUUCCUGGAGAACAAUGGAAAGGACAGUUCACCACAAUCCAGCAAAGUGGUCAGUGUUUGGGCUGUGGAAAAACUAUAGAGUCUAUUCACCUGAGUUCGGAAGAGUAUGAAUUUCUCAAGGAAAAAAUCAUGAGGGAUGUGAUAGAUGGAGGUGACCAAUACAAAAAGACGACACCUCAGGCUGGCAGUGAAGACUGUGAGUUGGAGGCCAAAUUCUUGAUAAAUGUACAGGUUCCGGGAACAACACAGAUCACAGCUAAGAGGAGUCAGCAAACCAUGGCCCACAAAGACUAG